UCGGCUUGGCUCGAUUUAUUUGCCAUUGGCUUGGGCUUCCCCUUCUCUCUCUCUCUGUAACGCCCUUUCUCUCUCCCUGCCGUUUUCUUUGAGGUUCUCGAAGCUCUGUAAUCAUGCUCUGCGAAGGGGACGAAGCGGCUGAUCGAAAGCUGUAUCCCUGUAAAUCUCUGAACAUGAAUUCAACUCCGCUUUGUAACCGUUCGAAUCAGGUAGAUUAUUCUCGUUCCGGUUAUUAUAUUCCUCGUGAAUGUUCUAAAGCUCAAAUGCGUCUUCAAAAGAUUCUGCAUAUAAUUUCGUCUGUUCCUCGCCAAGAAUCAUCCGCGGAUUCGCAAAUCGGGAAAUUAGACUCCGAUAGAAACGUUAGCGGUGGAGGAGGGUUUUGUACUGAUUUCAAUCUGAGAUUCGGCGGGUUUAAGGCGGAAGAAUAUCAGGAAUCGGUAGCUUUUGUGGAGAAUGGAGGAGGCGGCGGUGGAAAUGGUUCGGUUGACGCGGUAUCUGUUGGUGGUUACGCAACGGAGAAAUGCUCAUAUGGCGAUGGUGAGAGCGCGAAAUGCUCUGAAAAAUACGAAGACGAAGAACACGAGAAGGAAAUUCCAGAACAUUCGAAGAUCGCUGAGAGCAGCAGAUUCGACGAAAACGAAAGCGAAAAGACAGUCGAAGAAGAAGGUAAAAAGGACAAACCCCCUGGGAGUUCCGAUGAUCGAAGCGACGAUGUUAAAGCCGAAACGGCGCCGUUUAACGGAGCGAAAUGCAAGAGCAGUGGCGAUUGUCUAGGUUUGCUCAUCGAAGCGGCGAGACUGAUAUUCGGAGACAUCGGUGAGAACGAAUUCGAUACUGAGUCAACUCAAGAAGAAAACGAGUCGAGCAGCGAGUUAGACAUGAAAGAUCCGAGUCGACUCGAGAAAGUAUUUUCAGAGUCGCAUUCAAGCGACUCGAAGAGGAAGCUAGAGGGAAAUUGGAUGGUGAUGAACUUAGUAAGAGACAUUGGCGACAGGUCGCCAUUGGUGAGAUCAAAGAGAGGAAGGAGCCAGGUCUUGCCAUGUCGUUAUAAAGACUCAGUUCUCGAGCCAUGGCGAUCCCAACCAUUGCCAAGCAAGGUCAAGGUCUCGAGGAGACAACGACGAUCGAGGUACCGCACGUAGAUCGAAUCUGAAACUGCAGAGAAACGAGAAGACUGAGAGAGAAUCUGUCAUUAAUGGUGAUUGUACAGUGCACGGUAAGAGCGCAGAACUGAUUUCAGAAGGUGGGUUUUCAUUUUAAUAAUGUCUUCUUCUCCUUUUCCCCCUUUGUUUCCCACUCUUUUUGUGGAGAAGAUGGAGAUAAUGAUGAAUGGUUGCGUAUCAAAAAUCCAAAGUAAUUGCUGUUAGCCUUCACUUCAUGCUAUGCUUCUCAUUUCUUAGGAAACAUAACUCAAUUUUCUCUCCCUAUGGUCAAAGUGGGAAACAGAUGUCAAACCUUAUAUAAGUUUGUAAUCAUAUGUUAAUUUGAGUGUAUAUUUUAGCCCUAAAUUUCGAAAGCCAAUCUGCAUAUUCUUUUAGUUCCCUGCAAUUAUAUACUAUU